UUUAUCCGAUGAGACAUUGAAACCACUGGCUACCCAUCGUCACUCGUACCUUCUGAACAGAAUCUAACAUUAAUACCAACGUCUUCCCUCUCCCUCUUCUUCUCUCUUUCUCCCAAAGCUGUGUGUUGAUCGGUUGGUGCCGGUGGGAUUUAAUGCGUAAAAUUCCGUCGCCGUCACCGUUACCGUCACCACCAUCGCCAUCGCUGCAAGGCAUGAGAUGAGACCAUGUGAGUCUCCCUCCUUCCUUAUUAUCGCUGUGCCCGAUCGGAGCGCCAACGCUAAGAUGCGCAGGGCUAUCUCUUCUUCCUCCCAUCCUUCUCUUCAUCCUACCUUUGUCUAGGUUUUCUUUCUAGCUUCAUUUCCUCCUUCCAACCAAUCCAUGGCCACAAGGGUUUGGCAAACGGGAAUUCUUCUUUUACUGGUUUUUGGGAGGGUCAACUGCGCUGACGCUGAGGCUGAGGCUGAGCCCCUUAGAGAAAAAUCGUCUUCGUCGUCGGCCGUUUGUCCUGUGGUCUCCGUUGUGGACUCGAUCUUGCAGUUUCCAGAUUUGUGUUGGGAUCCGGAUUGGCUCUCCAAUGGUGGUUCUGGUGGGAAUUUCAUCAGUGUUACGGAGGGGGAUGAGGUUUCAUUACAGAAGGCGCUGAAUCUUGUUCAUAGAAACAGCCAUGAGUAUGUAUCCAUGCUGUUCUAUGCUUCAUGGUGCCCAUUCUCAAGAACUUGUAGACCUACAUUCACUGUUCUGUCUUCCUUGUAUCCUUCCAUCCGCCAUUUUUCUGUGGAAGAAUCUGCAAUCAGACCAAGCAUAUUAUCAAGGUAUGGAGUGCAUGGAUUCCCAACACUUUUCCUCCUUAAUUCUACAAUGCGAGUGCGUUACCAUGGCUCGAGGACCCUCAGUUCUCUCAUUGCUUUCUACACUGAUGUUACAGGUAUCAAGCCUGCAUCACUGGGUAAGAUGUCUGUGGAGAAAAGUGGGAACCCAUCAAAUCUUGGUAAACUUGAAGACUUUGAGCAAGAAAGCUGCCCCUUUUCAUGGGCAAGAUCUCCAGAGAACAUGAUUCGGCAGGAAACUUAUUUGGCUCUGGCUACAACAUUUGUGCUUCUGAGGUUUCUGUAUUUCCUUUAUCCAACAUUGGUGGCAUGUGCUCAGUACAUCUGGAGAAGGCAUGUCCAGGAUGCAAACUUGGUUAGCUUCUGGAAGCUUCCUCUUGCUUACCUUAAUCAAGCAGUGCAGGUUUCUAAUGUGCUGAAAGAGCCUUGCAAGAGAAGAAAUUUGCAGGAAGGAGCAAUCAAUGCCAGGGUUUGGGCGUCCAAAUCACUUGCCUCAGUUUCCAUUGGUGAUGCAAGUUCUAGCAGGGGUUACUCUGGAAAUGAAAGGUGAUAAGGAUCCCCUGGAUCCCGGCUUCUGACUGUAGAACAAAAUGUUGGAGAUUUAUACAGAUGGAUUUUGCCUGCUGCAUAUGCAAUGUUGGUGGAACUAUCUUGUUCCAGGGUGGAAACGCUUUUUGGGUUUAAGUUGGGAUUGGUGCUGUGUCUGGGUCCUUAUGACUGGGAAUGUCCUGUAUCUGGCAGCUGUAGUGACUCGGUUUCUUACAUCUGUUUAUAUAAUUCUAGUUACAUUUAUGAGUAGGGGGUAUAUGGAAGAUCUUUGCUUUCA